AUGGCUUCCUCCGAGGUCGACCAGAAGGCCCUGGCCAACUUCGCGGCCAUCACGAGCCUCGAGAACCCGUUCCUGUCGGCCAUGCUCUAUAAGAUCCUCGGGCUGUCGGUCAUGCUCUCCAAGAAACUUGUCCGCGCACGACGAUUGCGGCGUCUGGACCCUACCCGAGAGACCAAGUCGCUCCAACUGUACUAUCAUAUCAUCUGGCUCUCCCGAGAGGGCCUCCUCAUUCUGGAGGAAUUGAUCCUGCCCUUGGUGGAGGGCUACGUGGAACUGAAGAUUCUCGGUUAUAAGCUGCGAGCUUCGUUCUACCACAUAUUUGUCCUGUUCCAUAACCAGCCUGCCGUCCACCUACCAGGCGUUGUUGGCCUCCCGAGCAGCACAUCCGUGUCGAAUGGCGUUCCCGCCGCAGAGUCCCCGUCUAAGGAAUCGGAAUCGAGAUUUUCAUUCCACCCGAACGCCGACGUGAUCACAGUCUCCGGGAAACCAGGUUCGGCUUCGGGCGGUGCGCCGCGAGGCAAGGUUACACAAGCACCUCCAGGCUUUGCGCCCGUUCAACCUCCCCCGUCGGUUUCUGCCUUUAUCUUGCCUGCGCUGGACUACACUCCGACCGCGACGGCAUGCUUCAACCAUGCAUCUCUCUUGGCUGAACGGUUUCUCCCGGGAUCCCACCCCCUGCGACUGUCCAUCAAGCUCGAAUUUGCCGCCUACCUCUACGAUUGCCUCCAUGACCCCCACGCCUGCCGACGACUAGCCAAGCAGGCCAUCGCCGAUGUGUACAACGCGCAGGAGGGGAUGGACGACGAGAGCUUUGAAGAUGCGGCGGAGAUCGUGGGGAUCCUGGGCAAGAUGGUGAAACGGGGAGCGAAAGGAAGCAGUGCGGCCGGGAGCACUACGGCUGUGGGGACGCCCCGGGAUGAAAAGUCGCGGAGCGAAGGUAGUCGAACGCCAACGCGCCUGCUCAACACACCCCCCUCUCCCCGUCCGUGCCAACCCGUCCGUCCAACCCGACCGACCGCUCGAGGUGGUGAUCGACAUUACCUGCCCAGAAACCGACGCCGACGAUCUCCAGCGCAAGACCCUGAAAAAACCGAGCCCGGCGCAAAGAAAUCCAAGGCUCCACGCGCAGACCACCACACCACUGCGCUCCGUCCGUCCCAAGUCCCAACACCUCCUCCACCUCCCACCAACCCACCACACCGACCGGCGAACCAAACUCAACGAGACCGCACCUUGCAUCUUGCAUAA